ACGUGUAUUGCUGUCGCUUUUGAACGCUGGCCGUUUCCUUGCGCCAUUUACGAGCGCUGCUGUGCUGACUGUGUGGUGUUUGGUGGCGCUGUAGUGUUGGUGCGUUGGAGCGAUUAUUCACCAAAGUGCUGUAAAAGUUUCCCAUGCGCGCAUUCGAGCAAAUCGGUUUGCUAUAAUUGUGGUGUGUGUUCUGUGAAAUCUGCUAGAAACAAUGUCAGUCUCAUGAGUGAAAAUUUUUGACAGACCAGUCGAGUCCUCCUCCAGUCAAUACGGUUCGUGCAUUUCGAUGCUGAAAUCGUGUGCGUUGUGUGAAUCACUCCGCGGGUUUUCCGUUCGAUAUCGGUGCCGAUUUCCUGUGCUCUUUCUCUGGGUCUGGAGCUGUAAAUUAGUCCGCGUGGUGUAACAAAUAAUGACCAUUCGAUGACAGAAUCUCUCCUCGAGUGAAGUGUGGUGUGUCGAAAUUAGCCUUGUGUCAUUGCUCAAGUUUGAGCAAAAGUGUGACCAAUAGGGGAAAAUUGUGUGUGUUUUGUGGAAACAGAUUGUGUGCUGAUGAGCUGAGAUGAAGAAUUAGUGGUUCGUGAGGGUAGCUUCCAAACACGACCCGAUGUAGUUUCACAAACGAGCAACAUUUAGGGUUUUUACGAUAAGAGUAUCAAACAACCAAAACACUGCAUGCCGCGAUCCCUUGAAAUCAUGCAAAAUACCAGGUUCUGCACCAAUAUGGUUUUUGUGUGAUUGACAAGUGUUGAUAAAAGCGGCAGUAUAGUCAAAUUAUCAGAAAAAAAAGUCGAACGUCAGCAGCUUUGCAUUUUGGAUUCAAUUUUUGCGAACCCAAAGAAAAAAGGGAGAAAAUUGAUUGCGUGGUACAAUCCCGAGCUGGAAGAUAGAUAACUGAACGGGAGUGCAUUACUUUGCGAGGUUCAAAUCGAUGAAAGGAUAAAUCUUGCUAAGCAUAUUGGCAAACAGUGAGAAUUUCAUUUUCCGUUGUCCUGAGCGUCGUACAAUGCGCCUUCCGUCAUAUCCUGUUAUGUUCAUCGGUCACAUUUUUGUCAAAAGAUAGCAUAGAUACAUCAGUGCACGAAUAUUUCGCUGAUUAGCAGCAGCCGCAGGUCUUAUAAUCGUUGUCAUCAUCAUCACCACGCGAAAAAGGCGGCAGCAGCAGUACAGUCACAAUUACUUCAGUUUGAUCUCCCGCACCAAGAUCACGAGAGCGAAGCCUCCCUGACAUUCUCUCUGCUGAGGUGAGGUGUGUGUGGCGGUUGUGGCGGCUACCAGAGAGACCCCGAAAUGACCCUCGACAACAACGAUCAUCCACCCCCUGCUCCCGAUCCGGCGAAGGACCUUCCGGAUCAGGCCAAUGGGUUCCAGGAGUUGUACAGCUCCAUCCGGAGCAACAAAUCGCUCAAGUCCAAGAUCUCGGGCAAUUCGAUUCGCUACGAUCUGGACCAGGAAAUACGGCACCCCGAGGCGAUGUCCACACUGGUGGAGCUUCUAACGGAAACCUCCCAAGCUUCCGUUCAUGACAUUCUGAAUGACGGCGAGGAGGACCAGAUGUUCAUUACCGGUUACGAGAAAUCCGCUGUGCUGUCGUUCUUCUGCUACAUUGGAUUCUUCCUGACGCUCGGUAUACUUCGGCUGGUUAUGCAUUGGUGGCAGCACUGGCUGCUGCUGGCAACCCAUCGGAAGUGUUCGCUGGAGGUGGCCCAGAAAGUGCUUGUCCACGAACGCUAUCAGGGCAAGCAUGAUGCGUUCUACGUGAGGAAUGUUAUCACCAUGGAUGCCGAUGCGAUCAAAGAAGUGAGCUCCACCGCCAAAAGCCCCUCCCCAAACGGCCAGAACAUCGUGAAGGAACUGCAGCAGAUUGGCAUCACCGACCGGGUCCAGUUCUUCGCCGAGUGCAACCCCUUCCAAGUGGCGUUCCACCGCUCCGGUGGCAAGUUCGAGCACUUCAACGCGAUCCGAUUUUUCAGCUGCAAAAAGUUGCGCUACAUCUGGUGCGAUGAGUCCAAACGGUUCGUGAAGCUGCAAGGGUUGGAUGUGAACGUCCCGAGCGUAACCAUCCACCACAACAAGGGACUAUCGGUGUACGAGCAGAACAUUCGCCGGCUAGUGUAUGGCAGCAAUGAGAUCCUGAUUCCCCUGCGGGGAAUCAUGACGCUGCUCUUCCUGGAGGUGCUGAAUCCGUUCUAUGUGUUUCAGAUUUUCUCCGUGUGUUUGUGGUUCGCGUACGAUUACUACUACUACGCUACGGUUAUCCUGCUGAUGAGUGCUUUUGGCAUCACGGCGUCGAUCGUGCAAACGCAGAAGAAUCAGAAGGCGCUAUUCUCGACCGUGAAGCACAAUGACACCGCGGUUGUGGUGCGUGAUAGCAGCGAGGCGGAGCACAUCGAGACCCGUUUCCUGGUUCCCGGUGACGUUCUGGAAAUACCGGCCACCGGCUGCACCAUGCAAUGCGACGCGGUUCUGAUUUCGGGAAAUUGCAUCCUGGACGAGUCAAUGUUAACCGGAGAAAGUGUACCCAUCACAAAAACUCCUCUGCCACUGAAACGUGAUCUGAACUACGAUAAGAAAGAGCACGCUCGGCACACGCUGUUUUGUGGAACCAAAGUGAUUCAAACGCGCUACAUUGGAAGCGAGAAGGUCCUGGUCAAAGUUAUUAACACGGGGAACAUUACCGCCAAAGGCGGUCUCAUCCGGUCGAUCUUGUAUCCUCCCCCGGUUGAUUAUAAAUUCGAGAAAGAUUCGUACAAAUUUAUCAUGGUGCUAGCAUUCCUGGCGGGUUGUGGGUUCUUCUACACCGUGGUCACCAAAAUUCUCAGAGGGGUUACGGCUGUCAAAAUUAUAGUAGAAUCACUAGAUCUCAUCACCAUCGCUGUACCGCCAGCUCUACCCGCGGCCAUGACCGUUGGCCGAAUGUAUGCCCAGAAACGGUUACAGAAAAACAACAUCUACUGCGUGUCGCCGAGGGCAAUCAACGUUUCGGGCAGUAUUGAUUGUGUUUGUUUCGACAAAACCGGCACACUGACGGAAGAUGGCCUAGAUAUGUGGGGUGUUCUGCCCAAGGACUCGACCAACAACUUCCAAAUUCCACUGACCCAAAUAACGAGGCUACCGAUGACGGAGCAUUUACUUGCUGGUAUGGUAACGUGCCACUCGAUCACGUUCGUGAACGGAGAGAUGCGUGGAGAUCCGUUGGAUUUGAAGAUUUUCGAGUCAACUGGAUGGAUUCUGGAGGAGGCCAAUGUUUCCGAUGAGACCAAGUAUGAUCUGUUGUUCCCGACGAUUGUGAAGCCUCCGCGUGCCGACUCAAAGGACAAUCUGAAUCUGGAACUGGAUGCUGCAUAUGAUAACUCGAACGAUAUUGGAAUCGUGCGGGAGUUCUCGUUCACCAGUGCACUGCAGAGAAUGUCUGUGAUUACCAGGAAGCUGUCCGACAAUCACUUCAAUGUGUACGUGAAGGGAUCCCCGGAGAUGAUCAGCACCCUCUGCAAGCCAGAAAGUAUUCCGGAGGAUUUUACUGCCAAGCUGGGAUUCUACGCGCAGCAGGGCUACCGGAUCAUCGCGAUUGCCUACAAAUCGUUGGACAAAAAGAUGAACUACUCGAAGAUACAGAAGGUAUCGCGAGAGAAGAUCGAGUGUGAUUUGAAGUUUUUGGGUUUCGUAAUAUUGGAGAAUCGUUUGAAGGCGGACACGGAAGAGGUGAUUGACAGCUUGAACGCAGCAAACAUCCGAUGCAUUAUGGUGACCGGGGAUAAUCUGCUGACGGCGGCCAGCGUGGCGCAUGAUUGUGGGAUGGUGAUGCCGGGUCAGAGUCUGGUAACGGUUACGGCUCACGUGGACAAAUCUAGACCGAGCAAGUACUUCCUGAGCUACGAUGUGACGGGUCAGCCUCAGCUAACCCAAUCGGAUAUCAUAAAUGACAACAAGGUUAGCGAGGAUAAGCCCAAUGGCACAUAUGGCCUGAUGACCCAAUCCAACAGUGUGAGCAGCUGCGAGACGAUUGACACGUGCACGCUGACAACUCAGUUGAGCGGUUUCGAGAGGAAUGCCCAUCAAAUCACGAUCGACGGUAUGGAUGAGAGAUCGAUUACGGUGGAAUCCGCUGGGAAGGGAAGUUCGUUCCGAUUUGCGGUAACUGGUAAGACGUGGGCCAUAAUUAAGGACCAUUUUCCGGAGCUUGUUCCAACGAUUAUAACGUUCGGAACGGUGUUCGCCCGGAUGUCCCCGGAUCAGAAGCAGCAUCUUAUAAGCGAUUUGCAGAAUUUGGGCUAUUACGUGGCGAUGUGUGGAGACGGUGCUAACGAUUGUGGAGCACUGAAGGCUGCCCAUACAGGAAUUUCCCUAUCCGAUGCGGAGAGCUCGGUCGCGUCUCCGUUCACUUCCAAGAAUCCAACUAUUGCAUGCGUUCCCACGGUAAUCAAAGAAGGAAGAGCCGCCCUGGUGACCUCGUUCGGUAUCUUCAAAUAUAUGGCCGCCUAUUCGCUAGUGCAAUUUACGUCCGUACUAAUUCUGUACUCGAUCGAUUCGAAUUUGACCGAUUUCGAGUUCUUAUAUAUUGAUUUAUUCAUCAUUGCUUUUAUUGCAUUUUUCUUCGGAAAAACCUCCUCCUACGAUGGGCCACUCGUGAAACAGGUCCCCUCGAACUCCCUCAUAUCGCUAAGUCCUCUGCUGUCGCUGGUGCUUCAUUUGGCAGUGGCCCUAUCCUUCCAGGUCGCCGGUUGGUACCACAUACAGGCCCAGCCCUGGUUCACCCCCUUCAACUACACCGACGAGCUGGAACUAAACGAUCUCGGGUGUUACGAAAAUUACGCCGUGUUCUGCAUUUCCUGCUACCAGUACAUCAUCCUGGCGAUCGUAUUCUCCAAGGGUGCACCCUAUCGGCGGUCAAUCUUUUCCAACUAUGGCUUUCUAGCCAGCAUAAUCAUCAACACCUGCUUCUCGAUCCUGUUGACCGUGUACCCACCGGUGUGGCUCCAGAAUCUCUUCCAACUAGUCAUCCCCGAGGAGGACAUGAUCUUCCGGGCCUACCUGGUCGGGUACGGUGUCGCGAACUUCAUCCUAGCGCUCUUCAUCGAGAAGUACCUGAUCGACGAGAUCGCGUUCAAGAAGCUCCGCUACCGGUGGCACAACAUCGCCAAGUCCCGGCGCAAGUACUUACUGAUCGAGCAGAACUUCCGCAAGGAGGUGCAGCAUCCGAGCGACUUCAAAACCGUGCUCGGGUGGUCCAGCGAGAAGUACGAUUACUGACACCGUCUCCGGUUGGCGCAGAAAUUGGUGCUGGUGGCGGCGGCGGUGUUCGAGGGCCAGGAGUGCUGCGAUUGGCAGCAGCGUUUGAUACGAAACCAUCCACCACCACCCUCACGGACGGCUUUUCGGUAGCGAUAGCUUGUGGGCUUUUCGCUGGCAGAUUGAUACUUCUCGUUUUUCGUUUUUUUUUCGGUUGGUGAAUUGCGUGUUUGUCGCCAAGACUUCAGACUACCAAUUAUUAUUUUUUUUGUUUCGUCUAAAGUCAUUGCGGUUUGGCGUGUUCAAGAUUAUUACUGUGUUGUGUAUGAGUUGUGUGCCAUAAUUGUUUCUCAAGAUCUAAAGGGGACACGAUACAUGUUUGAUGGUUUGUUUUUUUACUUGUGAUAAGCUGUUUCAAGGCGAUAAAGAAGUGAUCGAAUACAGGACAUUUUAGCAGUGUGCAAAAUUGAAAUCAAAGAAAGACAAUAAUCAACAUUUGUAUAGGAAACGCGGUAGGCGGAUGUUUUGAUACACACGAAAGUAACAAGAAUCGCUAUUAAGGCAUGUAAACAAUAAUUUGUUUCUACUCAAUUUUGCUAUUUGUUCUGCACGCGAAGAUUCACGCAUGGUCGGCUGGUUGACCGAGAAGGUUGGAUGGUUUUGGAUUAUUACAGAACAUUAGAGCUCGACUUGUUAUCUGCUAGUUUCAGACGCUGACAACGCGUUUUAAAUUCAUCAUCUAUGCUAUACACCGUCGAACGGGGCUUCUUUCGACUCAAAAACACUUUUAAGAAACUUCGGGUCAUAACUUUUUAGCGCACGAGAGUAUAUUCUCGGUUCUUCGCUACUUUCUUGAAUCUUGAAUCAUCCAUUAAGGUUAUCUUUAGAUUUGAAAAAUGUUUGCAUUUGAUUCAUUUUAAGCCACUUUGCCAAUUGUUAUGGAUGAUCUUUCAAACUUCGAUCUCAGUUUGGUCUCUGUUCUUUUACUGUAACGUAGGGAACCGUACCAUCUUUGUUGUUAUGGCAACUGGAAUACCGUCUGGAAUAGAUGCUCUUUCCAAGUCAUGUCCCAAUCGCUCGACUUGGUUUCUGUAACCCGAUACCUAUAGUUCGUUUUUCUUCACGAAUAAGAUCAUCUGCUGUUGCUAGAAGAUUCCCUUGUGAUUCGUACACCCACUGCCGAUGCACGUGCAGUUGGACCACUGACAGGGAACUGUUGGACCGCCCAGAGCUAAGUAGACAGGGAAAGACAUUCACGAAUCGCUGCCCGUGAAAUCUCGGUCCCGUUGUACCGCCCGGUGAGCUCCCCUUUACCCAACACCUCAAAUCCACUUAAGAAUCGUGAUUAGGUGCGACACAAAUUUCCUUCAUAAGCGCUAAGCUCCGUUACAAGCACUAUUAACCGUAAUAUGCUCUGAGGGAGCAUAAGAGAAAAAUGUGAGCUGAGGGAGACAUGUGAUAUUGCACUGGUUUUCAGGAAAAAAAAUCCGCGUGACACCGAUAAAAAGACAGUACAAACGAUACACUCUAAACUACUCCUACCCAAAAUUCCAAGAGAGAAUAACCCAAUGGGUAAUUUUCUACAGCGUUUUGACGUAGAACUACGUCUUUCAGAAAGGGUGCCAAAUCGGAAACAGGUCACGUUUUUAUGAAAUAAAGUUAACGUUAAUAACUAUUUUCACUGUUAACGAAUUCUCAUCAUUUGCAUACCAAUCGAAUCAGAAAUUCUCUAAGAUUCGUUUGAUAUAUACAUUACAUACAUUACGUUACAAUUCGCUAAUCUCUGAACGGUUUAAAUUCAUGAAAACUGGAAGAACUUCCUUUUUUCCCAUACAUUUGUUCUGCCGAUUUGUGUGCUAACCCUACCUGUAUUUGGAAUGCUUAUAACUCGAACAUUCCUUAACAGAUCGGAAAAGUGUUUGCAUCAAUUGAUAGGGAAUAUUUCUACGCGUCUAUCACAAUUAAUAAAAUAUUAUUUUUCAUGAGAUGAGCAAUUGAAUAACUGUAUUCGCUUCGUCAAAACAUGCAAGUCGGGGUGUUUCCCUAACACGGACUUCAAAAUUAAUGUGCCUGGGGGAAUCCGCUUUGAAAAUACUAUAGGCGAAUGAACUUUUAAGUUUAAAGCCUAACUAACUAACUUUGCAAAUACAUGCAAGUAGGGGGUAUUUUUUAGUGCUGAGUACUUUUGUACUCGCUUGUCGUUGUGCAGACCAGAAUAUGUUUCCCUAAAACGUACUUUUAAGCUGAGAAGCGUGGGAAAAUCGUCAUUUCAGAUACUAGAGGUUAAUGAACUUUCGCGGUUCGAGAACUAUGUAGACAUGAGAUAUGCAAUAAUUUCAGAGGGAAAUGUGAAAUACAAUGAUCAUUUGACCAUUUUAACCGUUCACAUAUUUUGGUAGUUCUAUGAAUCAUAUUAAACGUAAAAGGACGUUUAUCAAAUUUAUUGGUAACGAAGAACAUAAUCUAUUACAAAAAUUUCGAUGUAUUCUAAAAUAAUAUUCGACGUGGUAAACAAGUGAAUAGCAUAAUAUGAUUGCGUAGUUCUACGUCGAAAAUAUGCCGUCGUGUCCUAGAUACAACCCCUUACAAUUUUUUUCCAUGAUGCAAUUUGAUGUGGGACAUUCUUUACUUCCCAUUUCCAAUCAUCUUAGGUAGUAUUCCUCAAUAGAAUGGUAAAACUCGAAUUCAUUGUCAUCACUACAUUCUAAAGCACACUGAGAAAGCAAAUUUUUCGAUCACUCACACUGAAGACCAGCAUUUUCCACUGAUCCGUUCAGUCAGAGUGAACCAUGUCCUUUUUUAAUAUAAUCAAAAUGUGUAUUUUUUACGCUAACGGGUUCAAGCCAGGGUAUAGUCAUAUUCAACUGAAGAUAGUCUGUUGACUACCUGACUGACUAUAUCCGUAUUCAGUCGGAAAUGACUUUUGGCUUCUCCAUGCAGUUUCUCCGCCAAAACGACUAAACAGUCAGUCGGGCCUCCCUCUAUCGACUCGACUAUCAGCCCUAUUCUGUGUUUCGAUCGAUUCGUAAUAUUUCGAACUACUUGAUACAAUUACAUUCUGUAUUCCGUUCGAGUUGUUUUUGCAUUUCGUUCGAUCUGUUACUCUUCGAACAUUAAAAGGGACUAAACGUUCGAAAUAGGGAAUACGAAUUAAUAACUCGAACGAAAUGAUGGUUUCGAUCGAAAUGCAAAUCUGGCGGAAUGUAGAAUAGGGGUGUAUAUCAUUCAAUUCUUCCCAGUUAAAUUGUCUUCAUUGCAUUUUGAAGUGACUUCCCCCGAAACGAAUUCGUUCCUCUCUUCCUCCCAUGUAUCAUUAUGCAUGCAUCGAUGUUCGAGUUCAACGUGGCUUGACAUACGCUAAAGGUGAGCUAGAUUUUUUGUAUCAUUACAUGUAUAAAAUAACGUGCAGUGUGUGUGCGCUAUUUUGCUCGUUAUUUACUAAUACUAACGCGGGAACCGUUGUAGCAUACUUGAUAAAUAUAUAAAUAGUUCGUUGGUUUGAGUUGACGAUGGGUAGACAAUAAACCGUCCAAUGAUGGGGUAACUGCUUUUUUUGCAUCGGAAAUCAAGUUUUCCUUCCUUAUAUGGACGUAAAAUAAGAUUGUUUACGCGGGUAUAAAACUAGUGUCAAGGGUAAAUGGAAGUGUGGAUUGAAGUCAGUUGAAUGAAGAGGCAGAUUUGUAUUCAUUAGUCGCGUCAGUUAAAAUAACCACUGACUGGACUAGUUCAUCAGUCAUUCUCGAUAGUCAACGCUAGCGCUAGUCAAUUCAUUUUCUAGUCAAGUCACUUUUUGUUGACGGCGACUGCCGAAGCAGUUCUAGUCGAAGCGAAGCUACCGAGAGUAAAGUCGGUCUUCAUUUUUCACCUUCGAAGAUUUCGGGCCCUGGUUGAAGCACAUUUCAACAAGGUACCCAGUAGCUUCCAGAAAAAGUUUUGUUGGUUUGAAUUUGGUGCUUGAAAAUUGUUUAAAUUCAAUAUACAACUGAUUGACAAAUGGUCGACUCUGUCGGGAAGACGAGAAAACUGUAUCUCAAUGCCAACUCGCUUCGAGGCAGUAAAUAGAAUAAUUCAGGGAGCUGCGAAAUUUUCUCGAGUAAAUCACGGGAAAAUAGUCGUUUUCAUACGAGCACCAUGUAUUUACACUCUUGGAACAGUACCGGAAUUUGAAACUAGCAUCCGACAACUCCUGCAAGCUACAAUGGACCAACCUUUCGUCCAAUCCUAACACCAAGCUGAACUCCGGGCUGGACCGGGUUUUCAAUGGUAGAGCAGGACAUUUAGAACGUAUUUUGCAUGUCAGUGGCGGUAAAUAUUUCAUAAACACGUACAAAUCGAAUGAUUUCCACGCAACAUGCUCGUGUUUAUCAUCGUUGGAUUUUUGCGAUAUAUCAUUAUGCUGCGGGGCUAUGGCAACCCUAUCCCAACCAAUGCAAAUUGAGCGUAGGCAGCAUAAAGCAGGGCUCGCGCUAAGGGGGCUCACAUAUUGUUUACUGUUUGGAGUCAUAUAUGUUAAUAUUUGAUUACGUUGGAUAGUUUCCUUUAACCAGCGAUGUUUGAUACCUAUCCGGAAGCUUUCUUGGCGAUUUGCAAUUAAAAUCACUGCUACAGGAUCGCGUGGAGCACUUCAUUUUUAAUUUCAGGUUAUGAUUUCUAUGCUCAUGAGUGUCUAUGCUGGCUACAGAAAGACGGCCAUCUUAGCAAUCCUUUGUUAUGCUGUUCAAUAACGUCAAAGCGAAUGGAUUAAUACAAACUGAACCUACCUCAAUUCAUCGGAUUCCAGUUGUAUUUCACUUUUACUUUCAUCACCACUCAUCGCAAUCAUUUCGUUGCAUUAAUUUUAACAGAUUGCGAUAAUGUUGUAAACGGCGACAUUAUUUUUUACUGCGUUUUGACAAUUCAACUUCUCUAGAUAGGUUCGAAAUUUCGAAACACAUCUGGUAACACCAACAGUGUUCACAUUCGAAAGUGUUUUCAUUCGUCCGGGUUCGAACGAAACCAAUGAUACCUCUUCAGAACGUGUUCGAAUCAGAGCAUUCGAACGAAAGCAGAUACGGCCGUUAACAACAUUGAAAAAUUAUUGAGUCGAAAGUUGCCCCACAUAUCAAAAGAAGCCCCGAAUGUCGGUGUCUUUCGAUUUAGUGAACUUGCCAUAGGAAUUAUUUAACAACAUGAACUACAUAUAUCAUCGGAGAAUUAUUAAUUUUUAGAAAACCGCGUAUUUCCGGUCCAUUCAUAAAAUGUCCAACAGCAGAUGAUCUCCAAAACCAUCCCACCCUACAGGCAGCAAACCAAAACAACACAAUUCUUGCAUGUUAUGUCCGGAGAAGAAAAACUCACUGAAUGUCACCCCGGUAAGAAUAAAUGUAUUCGGCACCAGAUUGGAAGGAUUUUUACCAACUGUUCCAUUCUAUAUACCAUAAGAACAUCAAAUAGUCUAAAAACCACUCAAACACACACACACACCUGAGGCCACAUGCAGCAAACAACUGUAUUCAUCGGAACCAAGUGUUCUUAAACGGAACUCCUUCUAGCUUUGCGCUAAUCCCUUUAUACAUCUAUGUAGCCCGGACGCCAGGACAUUCGCGCAAACUCGCGUUCGUGCGCCGCGUAUUAACUGUUACUAUCAAUCAUUGGAAGAGGGGCUUUUCCCCCCGCUAGGCUUACUGAAAUUAACCACCAACCACAAACACAUUCUCACUACUAUUGUUAGUCUUAAUCGCAACGCUAGAUGUUAUUUUUCGCUUUUCUCUCAAAACACGGAAUCCAUAAAGUCGCAUUUUCACCCUAUUAUAUUGUAUAGCGCCCCGGAGCAGUAGUACUUUCCACGUUAAAUAAAUAUAUAGAUCAUUAAGAAAGGGGGCAGUUUUUAGCAUUUUCAUUAACACAUACCCACUUACCAACAGAUGUAGCUAGCAGAAGUAAGGAUGUAUCUCAAGAGCAACAAAAUGAUGUUGCUGUAGUCAAGUGACCAUAAAGAGUAUUGAAUAUCUCAAGAAAUAAGUUUAGAUGAAAAAUGGAAAAACACAAUUCAAUGGCGUUGGACAGAGAAUUCGCAUUACGCGCAGCAAAGUGACGAGAAGUACGACGCGUAGGUUCAUUCGAUCUAUUUUGUGCCAGACGCGCGUGUAGCGAGGUGUAACUGACGGCGGAGAAAAAUCUACUUAAAUUUACUACGGAAACGUUAGGAUUAUUUCAACCACUACAAUAAAAAUCCAGGAAAUAUUUAUGACCUCUGUUCUACAAUUUUGUUAGUACGUUUUUAUAUAUAUACACCUAAGUAACUUGUUCAACUCGAUGGUGGGUUAAUGGUUAAAACAGAGCAUGAGAAAAGCAUACAGAAAAAAAUUAACUAGGAAUAAUUUGUGACUGGUUACACACAAUGAAGGAUGAUUAUCCUUCCACUAUGCACUAACAUGUUUUUCACGAAAGGACUUCCCUGUUCGAACAAUGAAAACGUAUAGUGUCUAUUCCUUGAUUUUAUCACUAGCAGUUGUGCGUAAACACACAUCCGCACGUUUGAAAUAUGUGUGUACACAAAUUCCCCGAAACACAAAAGCUUACAUUUAAAAAACCAAUACAAUUCGCUCGAGCUUAUCCACACAAACUGUAGGGCGCGACAAAAUCGCACCCUUGUGGUUUGUGUGGCCAAGUUCUCGAAAAAAAAAGUGGUGCACUGCCGUUUGAUCUUAUUUCACCUUUGUUCGGAACGUAUUUGUUAGGAUUGGGUAACAUACGAGUAUAGCUCGGUGUGUAUCCCGAGUCGUGUAGAGUAUAUUCGAUGGAAAACACGAAUGCGUAUCUGUGCUAAAGUGGGAACAAAAUUGUGUACAUAUACCGGGACAUGUUUUACGAUAAAUAAUAAAGGUUAUUAGAAUGUGUA